ACAUGAGGCUGCGUGUUGCGCUCGCGCUGCGGUCAUUACGGUAGACCGUUGUGUGGCCAGACCGGAGCACGUGACUCCUGUUGGGGCAGAGAAGCGCCGGGCAGACUGUCUUCCCGCAUCCAUCCCGCAUCCAUCCCGCACAGCAGCGCGGAUGAAACGCAGGUCACCUUCAGGGCAGCACCACGGGAAAAGGCUCCGUGUUCCCGGCGCGGCCGCCUCCAGCUCUCCGGCCGACGGGAUGGAGGACAAAUCGCCGUCCACCCCGCGGGAACUCACGCAGAACCCGCUGAAGAAGAUCUGGAUGCCGUAUAAAAAUGGCCUUCCAGAAAAACACAUUUCUCAGAGGAAGGUUUGUAUGACCAACUGUCCCACCCUGAUUGUGACAGUGGGCCUUCCUGCCAGGGGGAAGACCUACAUCUCCAAGAAACUGACCCGCUACCUGAACUGGAUCGGUGUUCCCACCAGAGAGUUCAAUGUCGGCCAGUACAGGAGAGAUUUUGUGAAGAUCUACAAAUCCUUUGAGUUCUUCCGUCCUGACAACGAGGAGGGCUUAAAGAUCAGGCGACAAUGUGCUUCGGCAGCGCUGAAUGAUGUCCGACAGUACCUCACAGAAGAAGGAGGCCAAGUUGCAGUGUUUGAUGCAACAAACACCACCAGAGAGAGAAGAGAGACCAUCAUCCAGUUUGCAGAGCAGAAUGGAUUUAAGGUGUUCUUCGUAGAGUCUGUGUGUGAAGACCCAGAUGUCAUACAGGAGAACAUUGUGCAAGUGAAGCUGGAAAGCCCCGACUACACCAACUGUAACACAGAGGAGGCCGUGGAGGAUUUCAUGAAGAGGAUCAAGUGUUAUGAAAACUCCUACGAGACACUGGAUGAAGUUCUGGACAGGGAUCUCUCCUACAUUAAAAUCAUGGAUGUGGGUCAGCGCUAUCUGGUGAACCGGGUGUUGGACCACAUCCAGAGCCGGAUUGUCUACUACCUCAUGAACAUCCACAUCACGCCGCGCUCCAUCUACCUGUGCCGCCACGGCGAGAGCGAGCUCAAUGUCAAGGGACGCAUCGGAGGAGACUCUGGCCUCACUACUGGAGGCAAGGAGUUUGCUAAGAAGCUGAACCAGUUCAUCCAGGCGCAGGGCAUCAGCGACCUGAAGGUGUGGACCAGUCAGAUGAAGAGAACCAUCCAGACAGCGGAGGCUCUCUGUGUGCCAUACGAACAGUGGAAGGUCUUGAACGAAAUCGAUGCAGGAGUGUGUGAGGAGAUGAUGUACGAGGAGAUCCAGGGGAACUAUCCUCUGGAGUUUGCCCUGAGGGACCAGGACAAAUAUCGCUAUCGGUACCCGAAAGGAGAGUCCUAUGAGGACCUGGUGCAGCGGUUGGAGCCGGUCAUCAUGGAGCUGGAGAGGCAGGAGAACGUGCUGGUCGUCUGUCACCAGGCCGUCAUGCGUUGCUUAUUGGCCUAUUUCCUGGACAAGACUGCAGAGGAACUGCCGUACCUGAAGUGCCCGUUGCACACUGUGCUGAAGUUAACACCAGUGGCCUACGGCUGUAAAGUGGAGUCCAUCAGCUUAAACGUGGAAGCGGUCAACACACACAGAGAAAGACCAGAGAAUGUGAACCUCCAUCGAACGGCCGAGGACGCCCUGCAGACUGUCCCUCCUCACCUCUGACACCCGGCUGCUGCUGCUGCUGCUAAUGGACCAUGAAGUUGUGUGGUCUCUCUCUAUCCCCGGUCUUUUGUGUUUCUUUGGUUCACCUUGCCAAUCUGCACAACCUGUUCACAGUGGGGACUGUCUGGUGAUGGGCCUCCUCCUCCCUCAGCACCUCUGCCUCACACACAUGCACUUCUGUGUAAUACCUGUCACUUUUAAUAUCUAAAGGAACCUGGGAGCAGAACGAGAGCUUGGGCCUCAGAGUUUAUAUUUAAAAAACCACAUGUUGUGGCUCUCAGUGUAUUUGGUCCAAACCACUGUGUUGCACAGAGGGUCUCAUUGUGUUGAAGUUGAUGAUGAAGCUGACUGCAGUAUAUAUUUUUAAGUAUCAACCACGUGGUUUAAUUGAGUGAUCGUUUAACUUCCUGCUACAUGUUUGCCGUGUUGCUGUGUUUUGCCAUCAUGGUUCCACGUGAAGGAGUCUACAGUGAUGAUGGGUAUGAGGAUGAGCCUGCUCACUGUUUGUGAUGUAAUGGAUGGACUGGCUCAUUAUUUUCUAUGGUGAAAACAUUCAAUUUCAAUUUUAAAUGAAGGGGUAAUAUAAAUAUAUCUUUAUCUUUAGCUGUGUGGUCUACAGCAAAUAUAUGAUCUCACGUGAGGCCGAUGUUAUAUGUAAAUGAUUCCGCAGUCCGCACCUUCAAUGAUAGCAAAACAUGCCUCUUUUGCAUCUCAACACUCAAAGUAUUGGAAAUGCAAAACUGUAACAUGAGCUCAAAGCUGUUGAUAAUAAAGAAGUGUUAUUUUUAUACACCAACCUGU